CACUUCUGCCAUCACCUUUCAAACUUUCAAACCCCUAUAUAAACGAUGCAUUCUGUUACAACAGGUUUGCCAAAUUUUCAAUUCAAAACCCUAAAUCCCCAAAUUCUCACUAAAUUCAUCUACAAAUUCACCAAAAUUCCGAUCAUGUCGCCGGAAAAACACAAGUCCGGUGGAUCGUCACUCAUCAGAAGCACCUUUCAACGGUCAAUUUCACCGUCCGGUAAGUUCUGUUCCUCCACAAUCUCAUCAUCAUCCUCCUCCGCCUUCACUUCUCCCGCGAGAUCCACAUCUCCGUCGAGAAUCACCGUCGCACGCAGUGGUUACGGUUACGGUCACGUGACGUCAUCUCCGUCGGUCCGUUUCUCCAUCGAUCACCGUCACACGUCACCUAACCGUUCAAUCUCGCAAAACAAUAAAAUCGCUAACGUGACGUCGUCAUCGCGAAACGUGACGUCAUCGUCGGGGAAUAAUAAUAAGGUGCCGUGGAGUUAUGGAUCGAAGAAGACGUGUCUGUGUUCUCCUACGACGCAUCCUGGAUCGUUCCGGUGUAGUUUGCAUAAGAAUUUGAAUGUACGGAAUAAUAAUAGUAAUGUUAAUGGUGGUGGUGGUGACAAUACGGUGUCGUAUCGGUCGCACAGACUGCAUGCUCGGAGAUCUGCGAUGACGAACUCGUUAGUGAGAAUCGGUACGGUUGAAGGUGAUCUGGUAAAACGAGCGUUGGCUGCUUUGAUACGGCCGUCGUCGCAUCAGCAACGACGGAGGUGUGAUUUUCAACCACGGCCGAGUCGGUUGUCCGUUAUGUCGAAAGCCGAGGAGUGACGGUUGAUGGUAACGGCGUUAACUGUGCAGUUAGAUUUUGCUAGUUUAGAAGAUAGAAGCAAUGUUUUAAAAACCAGUUCAAACUAGCCUGUUGAAUCGUCUGGUAAAACAGGUUAGUUAAGUCGUUUUUGAGCUAAAUCGGUAUAAAAACCGGGUUUUAAAACAUUGGUUAGAACGAUUUUGUAUAUUAUUUGUUUUUUUUUUUUGUAUAAAUUUAGAUUUUUUUUUUUUGUGAAGAGUAACCCUAGUUUCUUCUAUUC